AUGAUCAUCCUAGAAGGCCUUUACACCCCGGAAGACUGGUCGGCAAACCCCGGUCUGUAUACGGUAGCCGUGGAGCAAAAGAAGAACCACCACGCUAAGGGAAUGAUAGAAGAUUCUAGAUU